AUGCAAUUAUUUUUCUCUGUAGGAGAACGUUCACAAAUGGAAACAUCUACAAUUCUUGAUCCAAAUGUCUCAACAACAACAAUAAAUAAUACAGCAGUUAAACGAACAGCUUCAUUUGUUUCUUUAACUCUAAAUGAUUUACCAUCUCCACCAAAUGAUCAAUCUAUUCCAACAAUUAGUGGUAUAAUUUCAACACAAACACCAAUUUUUAAAAAUUUACCACAACGUCGACUACAACAUAUACAUCGUCGUCAACAUCAACAACAAAAUAAACCAUCCAAUGGUAUUGAAUAUGAUCGUAUGCCUAAUUUAUCACCAUCAACACUUACAAUGCCUAAUCUUAUGGAAUUAGCAAAUCGUACAUCACCACUUCUAGUUCUUCCAUCAUCAAUGAAUAAUAGUGAUAUAUCAAUGAUAGAUACGUCAAAUAAAUAUUCAUAUGAAACAUCAACUGAUUCAAAUGGUGUUAAUCAUCAUCGAUUAUAUACAAUAACUGAUAAUCUUCUUCGUCCAUUUUCAAAAAAUGAAACAGCUAUAAUACGAAGUAAUACUGGAAUAAAUACAAAAAUGCCAGCAGUUCAUACUAAUAAUGGAAAUCAAAAACGAUCAGGUUCACAAAAAGCUAAUAAUCAUUUAACACAACCACCUUUAGCAACAAUUGAAUCUGUAUUAAGAGAACGAUCAAUGAUUAUCGCUAAUGAAAAUGCACAUCAACCAGAUGCUAUGGAACGUGUUAAUCAUGUACUUAAACAACUUUAUUUACCAUUAGAAAAAAGUAAAAAAUCGUAA